CAUUGUCAAUGUUACCCAGCAACAAUUGCCCGGUAUAUUUUAGAAAGAUAUAAUAUUAUUCGUGUUAAUUGAUAAAAAAUAUAAUUAUAAUAAAUAUUUAUGAUAUAGUGUUUUUGAAUCAUAAUUUAACUUAUAAAAGAGUUCUACCGUGUGUGUGAUGUUAUAAAAUAUGGAGGAUAUAGUCGAAGCAGUAACCAGUUUGUAUAAACAGGGUGACUGGAAAACAAUCGUUAAAAACUACAGGAGCCAUCCACAAAGGAAUAAAGUGCUAUGGGUCUUUCCAACAGAAGAAAAUUUAGAAUUUAUCGCGAAUUGUAUGGCGGAAUUGAAAUGCGAAAUGAUUCUCAGCAUCGGAUGCGGUAGUGGUCUUCUUGAAUGGAUGAUUACAGCAGCCACAGGUUACCAUGUAUCCGGUAUAGAAGUUGAUGGCGCCUGGUGGCAGUGUAAAUAUGCACCUCCUACUUUUAUACCCCUCCGUUUCACGGGCCAAAAAUUAGAUCAAGCUACAAUUACCGUAUUAGAAAGUAGCAGUCAAAUCGCCUUAUUGUUUUGUUAUUUUAACAACGGGCUGGCAUUUAAAGAAUAUGUUGAUAAUUUUGGCGGGAAAGUACUCAUCAUAAUUGGACCCGGCGACGGUAAAGGUGUUCACACGGAUCCCAGGCCGUUCGGAGAUGUUCCUGAAGAAUGGAUCUUACAUGACUCACAAGAAGUCGAAAGCAGUAAAGAUUACAUUGCUGUAUAUUAUAGAAAUUAGUUUAAGUAAAACUGUUGGAAAGGUUCGUCGGGAAACUAUGUCACUAUUACUAUGAAGAAGCUGCGGUCAAUUUUCUUAAUUCGUAUCUUUGGACCCCGCAUUAAUGGAAUGGCGAAUAGAUUCAGCUUUGCAGAAGUUAUAAAUUACUCUCUUCCCUGCAGUAUCGACGGUCCCUUCCUAAUAUAUACAUGUAUAGGUACGAAUGUUCGUAAAAGUAUAACGAUUUUCAUAGAAAUCGCGUCGUUUUUUACUGUUCGCAGAAUAAAGAAGCUAUAGUAAAUAGCAUUAGCAAUUCUUUCAUUGAUUCUCCAAAGCUUUUAUAACAAGAUCCCAGACAACAUUAAGGAAUGUUUGUGUUUUUCUAAAAGUAGCGAAUUUUUAAAUGGUGGGCGCACCUUGAAAAGUCAAAUAAAAUUGUAGUGAUUGUAAACAAUAAUUGUUGAAACAAAAUAUGAUCCAGCCGAAUUUAUUUCGUGAGGAGAUCGGUAGACUUUUUGAAUAUCAAUAAGCAAGUGCUAUAUAAACUUCUAUUGCUAUAUAUUUUAAUAAAGUUUUUGAUAUUGA